AUGAAUGCUAAUACUACCACCUCGGCGAUCGGGUUUGCCAGUCCUUUCGAGAAGCUGUCGUUCUUCCCGCACUCGCCCAACCUGAUACUCGCACAUCUGCACGAGAUCAUCUUCAGCUUCAUCUUUUACCAAUUCGCCUUCUCAGUCGUCGCACCGUUCUUGAACAGGGUGAUCUUCCGCAAGCAUUACACCACGAUCCAUGACCCGUUAUUGAAAGUUGAUUUCGACGUCCACACCGUGUCGAUGAUUCAGGCUGCCAUCACGAACACCGUCCUGCUGCCCACCCUCGCCACGCCGAUGCACUACAAUGUCGUCACCUACGCGGACUCGUACAGCUCAAUGGUCUCCUCGCUAAGCGUAGGCUACUUUCUUUGGGACCUGACCAUGUGCAUGCGUCAUUUCAAGCUUUACGGGCUCGAAUUCACCGGCCACGCCCUUGGAUCCACGUACGUGUUUCUGUUGUCCUUGAGGCCGUUCUGCCAGCCCUUCAUCGGCAGGUUCCUCAUCUACGAGGCCUCCACCCCCUUCGUCAAUAUGAACUGGUUUAUCGUGCAGUGUAACGCGAAGAGCAAGAACUCCAUUCCGCUGUGGUUCAACGUCGUCAACGGCUUCCUGCUCAUGGCCGUGUUCUUCUUGGUCAGAAUCUGCUGGGGCACUCUCGCAUCCGCCCUCUUGUUCAAGCAGAUGUGGAAUGUCAGAGAUGAGUUGCCUAAAGUCUCCGCCGCCAUAAUGAUGUCGCUGAACAUUUUUAUGAACUUUCUGAACGUCCUGUGGUUCAGGAAAAUGCUCAGGUUAGUCAAGAAACUUACAAAGUCUACCUCGCCUAAGCUCGACUGA